AUGACAUCAAUUAACAGUUCAGAACACAUCGCGUUGGCAAAUAGCAAUGUCAGCACUAACUAUCGCCAAGUUAUCAAUUUCCAUGGAUACGAAGGCGAAGACUUUCGUUAUUUCUUGGAUCUUUUGGAAUCAUACUUUGCCUUUAACAAUAUUCCUCACGAAGUACGCAAGCUUACCAUACUGAAAACACAAUUGAAAGGCCCCGCCAAAACAUUCUUCGAGAAGGAAAUACUUCAGAAAUUUACUGAUAUCAAGUACGAUCAAGUUAUUGAAGAAUUAAAGAACCAUUACAUCACACCAGAAUUAAUUCAAAAAUAUGAAAUGGAAUUCAAUGACAUGUACCAAGGAAACCAAGAGCAUCCUCAAGUCUUUCUGUCAAGACUAUAUCAAGCAGCAGAUCUGGCUAAUAUCAAAGACGAAGGUGUUAUCGAAAGCCGAUUCAGAGCUGGAUUACUCAAGGACAUUAAGUUGUUCUGUAUCCAAAGUAGCUCCAGGACUAUGAAAGAUUGGAUUACUCAUGCCGAAGGAUGGUGA